UCCAGUAGCAGAAGUGUACUCAGUAGCAUUACCGAGAACAGUUUUCUUUUCAAAUCCAAGUGUUUUCCAUUAAUCCCAGAUCUAACAGUAAAAUUCGUGGUGUUAGAAGUGUUUCGUUCGAUUCAAAUUAUGGCGACGCGCGGGUAUCCUAAGCGGAAUAUAUAAUCGACAAUUGUUCUGAACAGGACCUUGGCUCGGGAAAGAUGAUGAUUUCAGACUUCCUGAAAAGUGAUAAUCCCAUACAACAGACGAAAAAACAACAGUGAAAAAAUGAUUUUCAACCUUGAACAGCAAACAUAAAUCAUCGUCAUCGCCGUAGUCGUCGAUUUCAUUUUUGCUGUCCGAUUAAUUUGGAGAGUGAGAUAUCGGAAAAUUUUGAUAUAUUUGCCAUUGAAUGGUGUCCUUUUGUGGUUGGGCUGUAGUGAUUUGCGCGGAGAGGUGAAAAUAUCAGUUGCAAAUUAUAAUUGACGUGUUGUGCUGUGCGGUUGGAGAAAAAAUAAACAGCUCCCGUGGAAGCGCUAGCGCUCAAAGAGGAGUGUGUUAUUUGUGGACGGAAGAAGCAAGAGGGACCCAACAACGGGAGAUUCUUAUCAGCAUAAGGGCGUGAAUUGAGUCGUCUUGCUAGCUGGCUAUAAGUAUUGCCCCGUGUGGGGGAAAGUAAGAUAUACCGCCUGGAGGAGUGUCGUUCUAAUUCAGAAGGCAAAGUAGACUGGUCUGAACGAGGGACGGAAACUGACGAAGACGAAGAUAGAACGGAAAGCACCGAAAGUAAACAAUGGGAAGCGUUUGGAAGCGGCUGCAGCGUGUCAACAAGCGGGCGGCCAAGUUUUCCUUCACCGUGUCCUACCAUGAACUGCAGAUGGAAACCACUGCCAAAUGGCGCCCUCACAGUCUACAUAUCGUCUGGACCCGCCGAUCGCGACGUGUUGUGUCCAGUGCCCUCGCAUGGGAACCGGAUCUGGUUAAUCCGGUGAGCAGCACAAUGGCCUGGACGAUGCCGGACAACCACACGAUUGCGGUCACCCUGUUCAAGGACAUUCGAACGCACGAACUGGAGGAUAAAGACUGGACCUUCGUGUUGGAGGACGUUUCACAGAUGGGUAAAAAACGCCUGCUCGCAUCGGCAACGAUCAAUAUGCGCAAAUAUGCCAGCAUAGAAUCCACCCAGCAAACAUUUAUCUUGGAGCUGAGGCCCGUUUCGAAGAAAAUUGUAUCCGCUCAGCUCGAACUAACGUUGAGCUGUGUGUUUCUGCGGGAAGGUAAAGCAACCGACGAGGAUAUGCAGAGCAUAAUUUCGCUCAUGUCGGUGAACAAUGUGUCCGACAUUGCCCCGCUAGACGAUCUGGAGGACAUUCCAGAUUUGGAGAAUUCCAUUGAGAUUUCAGAACAUAUGUUGGAUUUCACGCACCAGCUGGAACAGUUGACUACCAGUUUGAACAGUUCCGAGUUGGCAACGCCGAUGAGCGUUCCUUCUCUCUCGGACGAUCAAACCCCCAUAGUCAGCGGAUCGAAGGACAUGUUCAAAGAGUUCCUAAAUGAUCGCGGUUAUAUCUCGUUGGCCAGCGAAGGCAGCACAAAGUGGUCGGAAGAAAACGACCGCCAGAAUAAAGCUCUGGAAAUAAAGACAAAGAUUAUUCACCCGGCUCCGACGGAACUGGAUAGCAGUCGGGACGAUUUUCUGCCAGUCAAAUAUCAGGAUACGGACUAUCCAUUUGAAGAGUCCGAGAAAGAGACAGACGAACAGCAAGAUCCAUUGGAAGCUCUGGAAGAAGAGAAAACUCCUGUUAAACCAUCAACCCCAGCAGCACCACCACCAGCACCUGAACCCAUACCUCUGCGAGUAUCUCCGGUAAUAACUAGUUUAGACAGUGAAUCGAGUAGCAGAAAAUCUCCGGAAGAAAAACAAAAUAGUCGAGCGGAGUUGAAGCCCUUGAAUCUGAUCAAAAGUUACGACCAUAAACCGCCGGAAAGUAAGGUGCCUUCGGUUACAAUUCCCCUGGCGGAACCGGAGGUACCCAUCAAGAAACCACUGCUGAGGGAUAGCACACCGGGCCAGGAUUUGCUGGAAUGGUGCAAGGAGACCACGAAAUGCUAUAAUGGAGUAAAGGUUACAAAUCUCACUACCAGCUGGCGAAACGGAAUGGCAUUUUGUGCUAUUAUUCACCAUUUUUAUCCUAGUCUAAUUGAUAUGACGAAGCUCUCCCCCGGGAAUGUGAUAGAAAACUGCAGGACAGCUUUCGACGCAGCAGAAAAACUAGGAAUCCCACGUGUUAUUGAACCGCGCGAUAUGAAUAUGCUUGCAGUACCGGACAAGCUGGCAGUAAUGACCUAUCUGUACCAACUGCGAGCACAUUUCACCGGUCACCAAUUGGAGGUUCACACGAUCGAUUCGGGUGUUCCAUGUCAGGCUUGCUUCCUAGCGGCCGAACAAGCUAUGUGCAUUUAUUCCCAAACGAAAAAUAGAGGUGAAACAUCCGACGAUUCCAGCUACGUGAUCGGAAACUACAAAUCGGACAAGCUAACCAAGGAUCUGCUGAAUCUGAAUGAAAUGAUCACCCCGCGGGAGGACGAUCCGCUACGGAAGGAAACCAGCAGGGCUCAUCUGUUGGCGAAUUCGAAAGCGCUGCUGGGUAAAAUGCUGUCACCUACCAAAGAGAAGCAGCAUGCGGUAAGCGUACUACCGCAGGAGCCGCUCUCCGUUUUAGAUGGGAAGGGGGAACAGCUUCCGAACGGUACAUCCUUCGAUGAUAAUGGGUACUCCAACGGUGACAGUACGGGUGUAAACAAUAACAAUAGUUCCAGUGCAAUUAAUAAUAAUAGCAUUAAUAACAAUUCGGCGGUAGAAACGAACGGAGAAGUGGGGGAAAGAAUUAAACGGAAUGAGCGUGAAGGGGACCAAGAGGAAGAGGAGUUACCACGGCUAGACGCGGCAAUGGCAAAUAAAUUAUUAUUGCGGCAUAAGGAAAUGAGUGAAAAGGCAAAAGUAAUGAUUGAAAAACUUAGAACAUCUAGUGUAGAUAAGGGUGGUGAUGUUGACACUAACGAACGCCAAGCUCGUUUGCGUGAACAAGCGCGUAAGUUGAUUGCUGAAACCAAAGCCAAAUCGCUCAAUCUUGAUUCGCCUUCAUCACCGACGAGAACUGGUCCAUCGCAGACGAUCAGUUUUUCACCGGAACGAACGAUUUCACCAAUCAACAACGUACCGGAGUUUAUCUUUCCCACUGUUGCCCUGCUUGGCAGUCGGAGCAGUAAAGAAUCGCCAAUCCGGCACAGUGUCGGUGGCGGAGGGGCUCCUACAACGGACGGUAGCGAUGCCAACAGUAACCAUUUACUGAAGAGGAGUUCGCCCUCGCCGAACAAAUUGUCCCCGUCGAUAUUGGAUAUAAUCAACCCGAAGAACGAGGGCAGGGUGGAAAAAGUCAACUACAUUCAAAGUGAGCUGAACAAGCUUGAGCGUGAGCAGGAAGCGAUAGACCAGAAAGCCAAUGCGUUAGAGAAAAAGUUACGAGCUGUGAUGGGAGGAACAAUGACAAACGUUAGUGAAACCGAAGACCAGCUAAUGUCCCAAUGGUUCACCCUAGUGAAUAAAAAGAACGCACUGCUGAGACGACAGAUGCAGCUGAAUCUACUCGAACAAGAGAACGAUCUUGAGAAGAAGUACGACAUGCUUAAUCUGGAACUGCGAGCAGCCCUCUCAAUCGAGGACUGGCGAAAGACGGAAGAACAGCGCGAAAAGGAAUCGCUACUGUUGGCCGAACUUGUAGCAAUAGUGGACAAGCGAAACGAGCUGGUUCAAAAUCUGCACAGUCAGGAACAAGCCAUUGAGGACGAUGACGAGAUCGAGCGCAAGCUGGAAACUGUGGACAUCAAUCACAAGGAUGAAAAAUGUGUUAUCCAGUGAGACCUUCAUCUCUCGGAUUUUGAAUACUCAACUAGGCAUUGGUGAUUUGGACUUAAUAUGUGAGAUUGUACAUAGACUCUAUCAUCUUUUCCGUCGAGGAAACAUUUUCCAACUAACUUAUGCAUACAGGAAUUUCCGAUCGUACUACUUUGUUGGCCACGCGACAGCAGUCUCAAACAGAAUCCGGCGAGGGAGUAGGAAAAGGCAAUCAUUAACACUGUCGAGUGUUUGGGACUGCGAUUGGUGUUAAGGCUUUUGGAUUCGUUAAUCUUAAUCAAUUCCGUCCGAGAAAUUUGAUUUCUUGUAGUGAAAAUGCCUACCUAGAUGUUUUAGUAAGAGGUUGGAGGCAAUUGGGCUCAAACUUUCACACUCACACAGUUUUCCACUUUUUGACCAUCGUCGAAAAAGACGUUUCGUUAAUUAUUAAAUCAUAUGCUACAGAAAGACUCUCGCGUUGACAAGGAUUUCAUCACUUUUUUAGCUUUUUUAGUAACUUAUGAGUUGGAUGUAAAUAUUCGUGAAGCUUUAUAUUUGCAAAAUUCCGCAUACAGGAAACUCAUGUUAGUUUCAGGCAAAGCUAGCUAAAUUCAGGAGCAAUCAGCUCGAAUUGAAAUUGUGUUAAAGAGUUGUUUUAAAAUUAUGAUGUGCAAACAUUUCAUUAUUACCAUCUGUAUUGCUUUUUCAGUGAGGGCAAAAAGAACUAGGGAAGGGAUAAAACUAUUAUUCUUGUUUUAUACUGAUGACUGUUUCGUGAUAAAUAUCAAAAUAUCCAAAAAAUAACAUUAUUUUUGUAUGCUUUUUAUACUACUGGGACUACUUAGGUGAUUAUUAGAUGCUAUUGUUUUUAAGGAUAGUGAACUCCCGCGCUAGCGGUUGCUAGUAAAUAAUUGCUUGUUUUUACCAGAAAUUAGCUUAUUUGUACACUUAAGCAAACACUUGUAAACCUGCAAUGGAAACAUUCUUGAAAGGGAAGCAGCAGGGUUGACACGAUAAAAGAUGCAUAAGAACAAAAACGAAUACAAAUUAAUAUAUUCUAGUCAUUCGAAUGUAGUGUAGAUAAAGAAACUAAUUUAACUCUAAUACUAGUAUCUUUUAACUUAAUCCUAUCCUUUAAUACAUUUAGAACGGAUCGUGCAACUCAGCAACACUAAAAUGCGUAAACUGCAGAAGACUUCAACAUAUGUUUUAACAUCAAUCAAUCAACAUCACAUAGUAAGGUUCAAAUUGGAAGUUACACACAUAUAACAAUUCGGAAUCUCCAUAGCCCAUGUCCCUAAUAAUUUUUGUCAAAUUUGGAAAUUUGAUUGCAGAAGAAAAUAAAAAUCCUACAGGAUUGCAGAAUGAAACAAUGACAAUGGUAAGGUCUUUGAAUUUAAACACUCGUCGCCGUCGUUGUUUUUGUUCAUGACAUUUGGUCAGGUUUAAGGUUUAAGUUGUAUUUGACAAUGGAAAUUUGAUUGAGAUAGAGAGAAUUGGUCACAAGUUAAGGAGAGGCUACUUUCUUACAUCCAAAGUUUCAUUUUACAUAGUUUUCCACUAAAUUCACAAGCUUCUGCUUCGUUAGGCUUAGCUCUUAAGAUCAGCAUCCCUAACCGCCUCUUUCCGCCAUUUUCUGGUACUUUCAAAUUCCUUCCAGUAUUUGUUUCUUUUUAUUGCCCUUCUUUAUCCAUUUUACCAGAGCGACAGAGACAAUAUUGCAACUUCUGUGGGGUGGUGUGCUGCUAACACAUUCACGCAGAAGCGCCAUUCCUUACCGUCGGUGUCACUAUGAUCACUGUGUUAGCCCUGCAAUCCAUCCUAUACGUUUAAACGUAUAGGAUAGCACUAUUUAAACCUAUCUGUCUCAUUUCAGUGCCGGGUCAAGACAGUGCACGGACACCAAUAUCUAUAUAUAUAUAUAAAAGUCAAAGUUUGUAUGUAUAUGAUUUAUAGACUCCAAAACGGCUUAACCGAUUUCCGUAAAAAAUUUUACACAGUAGGUAUUUGGUAUGGGGCGUGUUUGUCUUCUAUUAGUUGGAGAUUAUCUGCCUAACAGAUGGCGCUUUGGAACAAAUUGUGUUUUCCUCCUAUUUCGCAGAGUGUCGCAGCAACGCGCGAUGGGUAUUAGCUAGUUCUUUCACACAAAUGAAAUACUUUUUUUUCAAUUUGUUUAUUUGAUAAGGACAAAUGAAAUACUAGCAUUCACACUUGUCCGGCACGGCACCGUCCCGGAGACAAGUGUCAAUGCUCGCAUUUGAAUUGUAUGAAAGAAUAUUGGCGUCCGUGCAAGGUACUGAAACGUCACUCAAUCGGAUCGGAAAGGCGUAAAUUUGGCUUAAGGCUGCAAAUAAAAACUUCGCAACAGAUUCUUAAGCACUAUUUACACCUAUUCAAAUGCGAACAUUCACACUUGUCUUCGGGACGGUGCAGUGCCAGACAAGUGUGAAUGCUCGCAUUUGAUGUGUAUGAAAGAAUAUUGGGGUCCGUACACGGAACUGAACCGUUACUGAAUCGGAUCCGAAAGGUGCAAAUUUGGCUUUAUUUUACAUUAUCAAGGAAUCGAGGAACAAAGCUUUCCACAGUGAAUACAUACGCGGCAAACUGAUUUGCGUAGAUAAAUAGCGUUGUCUAAGGAUAAAUAGUGCUUAAGUCUAGGUACCGAACAAUGGGAUAGCGCGAACUAAAUUAAUGUUUCCCGUCCGGAUUAUGUUGUUCAGAGCUGAUGAAUAAUUCUCAAGGUUUUUUUUCUGCAACUUUAUCAAGUCUUUGUACUUUCGUAUGAAAGUUUUAGAGCUUCGUGCUCUAGAUGUUUGUAUAAAGCAAAACUUGAAUGAAGUUUUCUGUCGAAAAACACUCCCAAGUCACGGAUAGAAUCCACCCUCUCGACGACACAGGCUUGAAGGGUAUAUUCGCAACGCCUUAUAUUUGCCGAGCGUCCGAAACUUACCUUACAUUUAUCGACGUUGAUUUGCAUACCGUUCCGCAAGCACCAUUGGCUAUAUCGUCUUGGAGCACAGCAGAGUCGACUUGUUAUUUUCAGAUAAUAAGCAUACAGUAGUUUUCCAGACUUGAUGCGGCUGCAGAGAUCGUUGAUGAAUAAGAGAAAGAUCAGUGGCCCUAGAUGACUUUCUUGAGACACACUGGUUGGUGUUACGAAUGCGCUUGAGCGUGUGGUUCCGAAUGCGCUUGAGGUAGGGUAAAUGAAAAUAACACAAUAAAAUCACAACACAAAACAGUAAAUAGUCUGGAUUCUUGACUCCCGAAAUAAUAAUCAAACCUACGCCUAUAGUUCUUAACCACACUGGUUUAGGAAGAAUUGCAUAUCCUAGAGUUUUAGCUACCUUUACACAGGUUCGUGUAAGAAGCACCAAAAAUUGGGAUACGCCAUCGAAUUAUUGCAGGGUAACAAUGGUCAUGCGAAUAAUACUCAGCACGCUGAAUAGUAGCCCUGUGAUAAUUGAGUUUGCAAUGUCCAGUCAGUACACUGACUAGAAUACUGCAAUUGCGCUUGAAAAAAAGCAAUAGAAUCUUUCCGGAUUCAUUAUGGCAGAAAAGUUUUUGUUUGAACGCAAAUUAUGCCAAUGGUUGGUAUGUUCGGAUCGGAUGCAGCCCAAAAGCGAAUCUUGUGCUUUAAUUAUCCAAUCGAUAACUAGAUACUAAAUGCCUUUGAGGCAGCCUGACUGUCAGAGCAUAAAUUAAUUAUUUUACCACAAAUUCCCUGUUGAAGUACCGAUUGUACGUCACACAGGAUUGUGAAAAUUUUCUGCUUGAAGUACGGUGUAGUCUCUACCAAGCGAAUAAGAUUGGUCUAAUUUCGUUUCACAACAGUAGACACCAGCACCGGCUCGGCCCUCCAACAAAGAACCGUCAGUGUAACAAAUUACGCAUUCUUCAAGUUACCGCUCCGUACAUGUAAGUGUAAGUUCAUUAAGAGCUAGUAUAUAGUCAUCUCAAGUAAUAAUUUGGGGCCACAAUCUUGUGUGGCUAUUUCAAACAGACCAAUUGAGUUUUGAAUUAUGAAAUUUCCCCCGACGUAUUGAACUUGAUUUGUAACUAUGAUUUCAGAGUUAAAGAACUGCGACGGAUUAGCUCCGGUUGUAAUUCUUCGUUGCAUGAAAAGCACCAUUGAUGUUUCAUUUGGAUUAACUGAUAGUCCAACGACACCAUUACUCAAAAAAAUUAAAAUCAUCAAUCAUCGUCGAAAUCAUAUGUCGGCAACCCAAGCAUAUUAAGUUUCCUCAGCAAGCCAUUGGCAACAAGGUUCCAUAAAAGUGGUGAUAGAACACCACCUUUAGAAUAUCCGCAGACACUUAGUUUCCUUAUCUCUACUUGUCCUAACGAUGAGCACAGAUGUGGGUUGUUAAGCAUUACAUGUAUCCAGUUUACGAUAUAUAAAGGUAUCUCGUGCUGCUUGCAAAAUGGAGUCGAAAGCCACAUUGUCAAAAGCUUCAACUUCAAUUUCAAGAAAAACUGCUAAGCUUGAUUGUCCUAGCGAUAAAACCUUUUUCAAUGUUGUAAACAACAUAUGCAUGCCGCAUUGCAUGAAGUUGGUGCUCGCCCAAGCUAACAUCCCGAAUGUACCGGUCGAUUAAACGAUCAACUGAUAUAAAAAGGAAGGAGGUCAGUCUGAUCGGUCUAGCACUUAUAUUAUAUUUCCUGAUUAUACAUCAUAUUUACAUGAUUUAAUCUGUUCCACAAUAUUCCGCCACGUCACUCGGUCAGUUGCUGUCUCCAACCUCUCAGGUGCCCGAUACUCGCCAGGUUCUGCUCCACUUGGUCCAGCCACCGGGAACGCUGCGCUCCUCUCCGUCUUGUACCUGCCGGGUUGGAGGUGAAAACCAACUUGGUGGGGUUGUUGUCCGGCAUACUCGCAACAUGCCCCGCCCACCGUACCCUUCCAGCUUGAGCUACUUUCCGGAUACUUGGCUCACCAUAGAGUCGCGCAAGUUCGUGGUUCAUCUUUCUCCUUCACACGCCAUCCUCCUGCACACCACCGAAGAUCGUUCUCAGCACCCUUCUCUCGAAGACUUCGAGUGCUUGCAGAUCCUCCUCGAGCAUUGUCCACAUUUCGUGCCCGUAGAGAACCACCGGUCUAAUCAGUGUGUUGUGCAUGGCGCAUUUCGUGCGGUGGUGAAGCUUCCUGGAUCUCAAAGUUUUGUGGAGCCCGCCUUCUGAUCUCCCGGCUGGUGUUAUUGUCUGCAGUCACCAAUGAGCCUAGAUAGAUGAACUCGUCAACCACCUCGAACUCGUCGCUGUCGAUCGUAAUACUACUGCCCAAGCGUUCCCUAUCGCGAUUGGUUCCGCCAGCCAGCAUGUAUAGCAUGUACUUUGUCUUAGACACAUUUAUCUUCAGUCCUAUUCGUGCUGCUUCGCGCUUCAGUCGGGUAUACAGGUCUGCUACCGUCUCCUUGUUUCUACCGAUUAUGUCCACGUCGUCAGCGAAGCACACGAACUAUCCGGACCUCGUGAAAAUCGUGCCCCGUAUGUUGAACUCCGCUCUUCGCAUUACACCUUCCAGCGCUAUAUUGAACAGCAGGUAGGACAACUCAUCGCCUUGUCUUAGUCCCCUGCGUGUUUCAAACGGACCCGAAAGGCCGCCCGAAAUUUUGACACAAUAGCUUACACCAUCCAUCGUAGCCUUAAUCAGUCUUGUCAGCUUCCCAGGGAAGCCGUUCUCGUCCAUCAUUUUCCAUAGCUCUACACGGUCCACCGUGUCAUAUGCGGCUUUAAAGUCGAUGAACAAGUGAUGUGUGGGGAGCUGGUAUUCACGGCAUUUUUGGAGGAUUUGCUGUAUAGUAAAGAUUUUGUGGUUUGUUGAUCUGCCGUUGAUGAAACCGGCCUGAUAACUCCCGACAAAUUCAUUUACCAGCGGUGAUAGGCGCCGGAACAGAAUCUGGAAUGCACUUUGUAAGCGGCAUUCGUCACUGUGAUCGCUCUGUAGUUUUCACAAUCCAAUUUGUCGCCUUUCUUGUAUAUCGGGGUGAUACUCCUCCGGUAGCUGUUCUCUGUCCCAGAUCCUCUCGAUUAUUCGGUGCAUGCUUUCCGUCAGUUUUUCCGGACCCACCUUGAAGAGUUCCGCUCCUAGACCAUCCUCACCAGCUGCCUUGUUGUUCUUGAGCUGUUGAAUAGCCUCGUUAACCUCGUUCAUAGUGAGCGCCGGUACAUCCCCGUCGGCUGCGACAUUGACAUAAUCGUCCUCCUCGAACAUCCGAUUGUCCGCCUGGGCACCAUUCAGAUGUUUAUUGUAGUACUCCACCUUUCGACCACCUCACGUUCGUCCGUCAAGAUGCCACCUUCAUUGUCUCUACACAUUUCGGCCCGCGGCACAAAAUCUUUGCGAGAGUCAUUCAGCUUCUUGAAGAACGCCAGUGUAUCUUGAGAGCGAUACAUCUUCUCUCUCUCAGACUCUUCCUCUCUUAACCUCCUCAUAUAUAACGCGGCCACCUUUAGAAACGAAUUUUACAAUUAGUUCCUGCCACGGUAAUGGAAUGCACCCUGUUGCAGGACUACAAGUAGGAACUAUUUUCAAAAUAUGCUUGAAGUGUUCAUAUCCUCUUUGAAGUAGAAUCGGAAUGAUUCCAUUUUAUCCCGGAGGCUUAAUCGGUGUAAAACUUUCAAUCGCCCAUUUGAUCGAUUCGGUUGUCUCAUUUCUACGAACAAAUGCCCAAGAUUCCAGCAAUUUCGCCCAGAUGAUCGAAGGGCGUGUAUGUAAGUUUUGCGAACUAACUCAAAUGUCUCCGACCUGUCUCUGCUUCUGCGAUUCAAGGCUCUUCUAUAUAACUUUUGAUUCUAAUAAGUUCGCUAUUCCACCAAGGAAUUCCUCUAGAAGCACACAUAACUCGAAGCAGACAAGCCUUUUGGUAUACUGCUACUAUGAGUGAGUUUGUUUUAUCCACGACCUCAUCCAAAUUACUUGGAGAUUCAGUCGCUGGGGAAAUACUCAUGAAACUUAGAGCUUGGCGACUCGUAGUUUUGGGAUUACGUUUCAACGAUCAGAGACGAUGUACUGAUGAUCAGAUUUAGACGGUUCGAGCUCGUUAAGUGCAAGCCAGUUUGGCAACUCAUGCGUUAUACCGUCAGAGUAGAGAGUUACACCUAACACCGCUUCCCUGCCAGAUUGUGUAAAUGUUGAAGAUUUGUACAAUUUAAGUAUUUCAGCAAUUCUGUGCCUCUUAAAUUGAUAUCUUAGCUGCCUCAAAUUAUAUUAUGGGCAUUUGCAUCACUGCCGAUUAUGAGUGGAAACCCAUUUCUACCACAGUAUGAUACAACUCUUUUGGAAAUCAUUAGAAGAUGAUGAUUGAUUAUGUGGCAAAUAUGCCGAACAAUAGAUGUGUUUCCUGUUUAUGUGGUCAAAAGUUAUAUUGACCGUGACAAAAAGCGCGAGUUGUGAGGUCGGAUAUAAGACACGCGCAUUAUUCGCAAGCAUACAGGCACGCAUAAAGCAACUGGCUGGUACCCAGUGGUGUAUCGGUUAGCUCUGACUCGCUGACGAGUAAAGGGAAACGAACUGUCUUUUGGCAUGAGAGCCAAACACUUGUCUUUUACCCAAAGGAAAACAAAUGGAUUGACUAAUUUGCUCAUAAGGACACAAGGCCUAACUUUGAAAAGUUGAAUUUUAAUGUUUCGUGUUCCACUCGUCAGUAAAUAACAUCAACUUGCUGUCAGCUAGACGAUGUAUCAAAUUGGCGUCAGUUUGACACUAAAUCCAAACAGUUCCCACAACAUGUGUAAACACCUAAAGUAACUGGCUGGUAAAUGUUAUUCGAACUGUUUGGGCAUAGUGUCUAACUGACGCCAAUUUGGUGUUAGUUUUAAUACAUCGUCUUUUUUUACAAUGCAGAAGACCUUUACGUCCUAGCCCAGUACACGGUGACGCUGCCAUUAAUACCGACUAAACUCCAUUGGGCUCCGCCAUCGUUCCUCCCAGGAACUACCUCUCGGUAUUACUUCUGGGGGAUGGCUGUACUUAAUGUACUCAUUCACUCUCACUCACGCGUUCAUACGUCCUGUAUGAGGCUUACUUGGGUGCUCUCUCUAUCGCACCUUGAUUCACUCUCAAACACUCCCACAUGAGGCUGACUUUUGUGCUCACCUUUUUCGUUCCUUGCGAGGCUGACUUGUGUGCUCACCUUACUCAUUCCUUGCUAGGCUUACUUUUGUGCUCGCCCCACCCAUUCCAUGUGAGGUUGACUUGGGUGCUCACCCUAUCACCUGGUUCACUCUCGAUCGUGCCACUCUAUUGUACCUCUGUCACUCCCCCUGGCAUCCCAUGUGGGACAUUUUUCUUAGGCCCCACUUCUGACAUACCAUGCGAGGCUGACUUGUGUGCUCACCUUUUUCAUUCCUUGCUAGGCUUACUUUUGUGCUAGCCUCUACCAUACCAUGUGAGGCUGACUUUUGUGCUCACCCUUAACAUGCCGUGUGAGACUGAUUUGGAUGCUCACCCUUUCACUCCUCUGCCACGCCAUGAGGCAUCGAUAGCUAAGUCCCAACAUACUACGCUACGACCCUCCCGUCUUGACACGAGGCAGUCCACUUAUACGCCUAUGCACUCACUCUUCUGUCUUGCUUCGGAGUGGCUGGGUUUACCCCUUACGCGGUUGCCAGUCGCUGCGCCAAACCUGCCUCAGCAUGAACAGACCAUUCACUCCCUUUUUUUUUGCGCUUGGCCUUUUUCGCUCCAACUAACCAAUCACUAGUUAGCCAUGCCCGUCGUCUGUUGCUCGGUUCGCCAGAUUACCUGUAGCCUACAGGCAAUCUGGAUGGUAGCAGCCGAGACACCGUUCCACUUCUCCACCGAUUGACACAUCCGCUGAAUAAGGGUAUCAGGGGUUGUGUCCCAGCCACAAACGUCAAGCAUUGCUCUUCUUUCGACGUCGAAAUGAGGACAUACGAACAGUAUGUGUUCGGCAGUUUCGUCUACACCUGGGCAGGUUGGGACCUCCGCGUGCCCGAACCUGUGGAGGUACUGUCGGAAACAGCCAUGGCCUGACAGGAAUUGUGUCAGGUGGAAGUGAACUUCCCCAUGGGGUCUUCCCACCCAGCUCGAUAUGCUAGGUAUCAGCCGGUGGGUCCACCUACCUUUCGAGGAGUUGUCCCACUCACGCUGCCAUCUGGCGACCGAGGUCACCCUGCUGCGCUCGCGGGCUCCUCUAUUUCCACGUAGCUCGAAACACUCCUCAUCUUCCCGAAUGACCAGCCCGACUGGCAUCAUGCUCACUAUCACGCAGGAUGCAUCGUGUGAUACCGUGCGGUAGGCAGAUAUCACUCUGAGGCACAUCACGCGGUAGGUGCUCUCAGUUUCUGUUUCUGUAGGUAACUGGUUACCCUCAGUGCUCGUGACCAUGACGGGCCGCCGUACCUGAGGAUAGAUACGGCAACGCCUGCCAGUAACCUACGUCUACUGGCGCACACCUUUGAGCUGUUGGACAUCAUCCUCGAUAGAGCCGCAACAGCAGUCGACGCUCUCUUGCAUGUAUAGUCGACAUGGCUGCCGAAGGUCAGCUUGUCGUCUAUAAUGACUCCGAGAGACUUCAGACUUCGCUGUGAAGUGAUCGCGACUUCUCCCACAUGGAUAACUGCAUGUUGUGCCGACUUGCGGUUGUUGACGAUAACUACCUUCAUCUUAUGAUGAGCGAGCUCCAGGCCUCUCGCGCUCAUCCAUUCCUCCACCGUGUUGAUCGCGUGUUCUGCGGUUAGUUCUACCUCAGGGAUUGACUCCCCGUAGACCUCCAAGGUUACGUCGUCGGCACCCCACGGAUUCGCGUUGGCACUCUCACACAGGUUGUCGAAACACGCUCUCUUGCUGCUUUUAAUAGCCUUGUUAAGGGCCAAUUUCGCAGCUCGAAACACUUCACGGCGGUUCUCUCUUGCAUCCUCGUUGCGAGCUCUUUGCAUCCUACGUCUAGCUCUGAGACAGGCUGACCGUAGAGCUGCAAUCUCGGCACUCCACCAGUAUACCGGGCAUCUGCCGUUUCUUGGUAGUUUUUUUUCUCGGCAUAGUGGCGUCGCACGCGCAUGAUAGAACAGCUACCAGCGCAUCCCCGCUUAGACUGUCGGUGUUGGCCUCCAGUCCGACGGCCGCGGUGAAACUUCGCUGUCGAAGUGAUUGGACUUCCACCCGCGUACCUGACAGGGAUCUCCCGCCCUCGGAUACUGCACACCAUAGUUGAUCCUGAAGCGGAUUGCUAAAUGAUCGCUAUGGGUGUAGCCUUCGUCUACCCUCCAUUCCAUGCCUGGAGCCAGACUCGGGCUGGCAAAUGUUUCGUCAAUCCACGCCUCCACCCCGUUUCUACGGAAUGUGCUAGCGGAGCCAUUAUUAGCUAGCACAGUAUCGAGUUAAUACAUCGUCUAAUUGACAGCAAGUGGGUGUUAGUUACUGACGAGUGGAACACGAAACAUUAAAACUCUGACUUUUAAUGAGUAUUAGGGACAUGACCAUUAUUGGAAUCCCACGAUUUGCGAAGAAACAAACGUCCACUGUGUCGGAGAUUCGACUAACACAGCAAAGGUAAGAACUAUAACACUCCGUGUGCGACUGGAAUAUUUUAGUCCUGUCAGUUCGGAAAAAAAACAUCUUGACUUGAGGACUCCUAUUUUCAGUCGCUUCUCAUGACAUGAGAGCAGGACACAGUGGAUCAUUGUUUAGCCGAGAUACUGCUGCCUCGGAUGUCAUACGGUGUCCAGGUUGAUUUGGUCCGGAGAAAGAUAAUUAUCUGUUAUCAAUCUCCUAGUCGAUCACAACCAAAAAACUAUUUAAAGCUUUUAGUUGUUUGCUAACAAUUUUCUCUAAAUCGUUAAGAUCGUAGCUUCUAGUAUUGGAAUGAUAUAAAUACAGCAGAUUUCAAAGAUUAACCUUUUUAACUUUUCAAUGAGACAUCCUCAUUUAUUGAUAUUGAAAUUAUUACAGAAAUAGUUAAAAAAAAACUGAAACCAUUGUUUUUGGCAUCUGUUGUGCAUAAUCUCUUUAGCUAAAUCUAAUAAAUCCGUGUUUGAUACAUAGCAGGACUGCUUACCGGAUCCGUUGUAUUUUGGCCUUGUAGCUGCGGCCAUACCGGCUUCCUGAAUACUGGUUUCAGAACAAUCGUAGAACACAGAGGUCACUCUCUAUAACAUACCAUAUGUAUUUCAACUAAGAGAUAUCAUGAUUGUAGCCAAACAUACGAAGCAAAUUACCGGACUGCAUUCCUUGCGAAACAAACCCUCACACACAGUUUCUCUAUCUCCAUUUAACUAAAACAAUACGCAUAAAAUAUAAAGAAGGCAAUGAGAGGUUUUUUUUCCUGACUGACCGAUGAGAUAAUUAAACCUAACACGAAUUACUAUCUAGAAUUAGUCAAUAUUAUGCCGAACUUUUCACUCACGUAAAAGCAUUGUAAGUAAAAAUCAAACCAUCAGUUGUAGUUUGCGAAUCAAUUGCAAACCAAGUUGCUCCAGUGGAUAAAGAUCAUCUAUUUUCAGAAGUCAUUCAGAGUUGUAUUUAUAUUUUUCUCAUAAAAAAUAUAUAUCGUGCUAAAAAGUACCGUAGUUUUAUAAAAAAUAUGAAAACGCAAAGGAUAAUAAAAGGAAGAAUUUCGGAAAAGUUAA